AUGGACGCCUUCGAGUACAACGCCAACCCGGGCCGCGUCGUCUUCGGCAGCGGCACCCUCCAGAAACUCCCCGAUGAGAUUGCGCGCCUCGACAAGAAGGCUCCCCUGGUCCUCUCGACCCCUCAGCAGGUCAGCCAUGCCGAGCGCGUUAAGGAAGUCCUGAAGGGCCAGGUUGCGGGCAUCUUCACGGAAGCGACCAUGCACACGCCGACGCAUAUUACGGACAAGGCCGUUGAGUAUGCGAAGGCGCAGAAUGCCGACGUUGUCAUUUCGAUCGGUGGUGGCAGCACGAUUGGUCUGGGCAAGGCUAUCAGUAUCCGCACUGGGCUGUACCAUGUCUGCAUCCCAACUACGUAUGCAGGGAGCGAGAUGACGCCUAUCCUGGGUGAGACGGCGGAUGGUUUGAAGAAGACUCGCUCUGAUCCCAAGAUUCUCCCUGGCACUGUUAUCUACGAUGUUGAUCUUACGAUGACUCUGCCCAGCGCGAUGAGCGCGACGAGCGGUGUCAAUGCCAUUGCUCAUGCUGUCGAGGCUCUCUACGCGCGCAACACUAACCCCGUCAUCAACUUGAUGGCCCUAGAGGGCACGCGCGCGCUGGCAUCCGCCCUCCCCGAAAUCGUCGAGAACCCCUCCUCCGAGUCCGCUCGCUCGCUCGCCCUCUACGGCGCCUGGCUCUGCGGCACCUGCCUGGGAAGUGUGGGAAUGUCGAUCCACCACAAGCUCUGCCACACCCUCGGCGGUAGCUUCAAUCUUCCUCAUGCGGAAACGCACACAGCUGUCCUGCCCCAUGCAAUCUCCUACAACGCCCCUAAGAUCCCCGAGGCAAUGAAGAAGUUGGCGGAAGUGCUGCCUGAGAGCAACGGCGAUGCGAUCCACGGACUGAAUGUCCUGCUUACCAAGCUGAAGGUUAAGCGUGGUGUUAAGGACUACGGCAUGAAAGAGGAGGAUAUCGAUAAGGCGGCUGACAUCGCUGUUGGCAACCCUUACUGGAACCCCAGGGAGAUUGAGCGGGAGCCUAUCCGGGAGUUGAUUCGGAGGGUGUGGGCUGGUGAGCCGGCGAAGGCUGAUCUGUAG